AUGACGACACCUGCAAUUCGGAUCCCCUUCACGGGUCCACUACCACCAGCUCUAAUAGUUCCUCCGUCAGCUAGAACAGUGUCCGGAGCGAUCCAUGCCGUGACUAGCUUCUUAUCUGCACCACCAUCUUUCCACCUACGAGGAAUAGAUGUAGGAGGACACUCCCAGACUGUGUUGCUCACGGGAGCUGGGAUCUCAGUGGCAUCAGGUCUGUCAGAUUACCGAGGAGACCAAGGAACCUACCGACGAAAUAAAUCCUACCGACCAAUAUACUUCCAUGAAUUUAUAUCCCAGCAUGAGUCGCGCAAACGGUAUUGGGCCCGGAGCUUCGUCGGAUGGCCAGGCCUUGUGAAAGCGAGUCCCAAUUCAACUCAUCUGGCUAUUCGAGAUCUCGCUGCCAAGGGUUAUAUCAGUUCUGUGAUAACACAGAAUGUCGAUUCCUUCCAUUCAUUCGCCCAUCCAGAUCUUUCUACUCUGGAAUUACAUGGAUAUCUACGAUCAGUAGUCUGUACAAGCUGUCGCAAUCAAUUCCCACGAGCCGAGUUUCAGUCAUCCCUUGAGAGGCUAAAUCCCGCAUGGGCCGAAUUCCUUGCUCGCAUGGUGGAGCAGGGUGCACUCGACACUAAUAACCCUGAAGAGCAGCGACGAAAGGGCUUCAAGUUGAACCCUGAUGGAGAUGUUGAUCUUGCAGAAGCACCCUAUUCUACAUUCCGAUAUCCUUCGUGUUCGACAUGCUUGGAGAGUCCUCCUACCUUACAAGAUGGUACAAAGGCCCGUGUAGAGGUGGAGCCCGACGGUGCAUGGAUGUCAACCUCCAAUGCGGGGAUCUUAAAACCUGCAGUAAUAAUGUUUGGCGAGAAUAUCGACCCAGUCGUGAAGAUUGCUGCUGAAGAAGCCAUUGAUGAUGCCGGGCGCUUACUUAUUCUUGGAAGCAGCUUGGCGACGUACUCAGCAUGGCGGUUAGUGGAACGGGCGCAUAAACGAGGCAUGCCCAUUGGGAUUAUCAAUGUGGGUGGGGUUCGAAAUGAGGCCGUUCUUUUUGGUGAUGCCGAUAAUACUCCAACAUCCCAUGUUCGGUGCAGUCAUCCUACACAGUCAAUUCUGCCAGCCGUAGUGUCGGAACUGCCGUAUAAUACUAAGUAA